UAAGAGGAGAAAGACAAAACGACAGAGUGUAGUUUGAAGUUUGAAUUGAGAGAGAGAGAGAGAGAGAAUGAGUGGUGGAGGAGGAGAAGAGGGAGAUACUCUGGAGUUCACUCCGACAUGGGUAGUGGCCGCCGUUUGCACAGUGAUUGUGGCCGUUUCCCUGGCCGCCGAGCGCUUCCUCCAUUACGGAGGAAAGUUUCUGAAAGCCAAGGGCCAGAAGCCGCUCUUCGAAGCUCUCCAGAAGAUCAAAGAAGAGCUGAUGCUGUUGGGUUUCAUUUCCCUACUUCUGACGGUUACACAAAACGGCAUUACCAAAAUCUGCGUUCCACCCGGUUUGACGCGCCACAUGCUUCCGUGUGACCCCAACCAAGCUCCAAACCACGAAUCUCAUUUCCAGUAUCAUUCGUUUUUCCCUGGAACAGCCAGACGCCUUCUCGCCGAGGCCCACUCCGAGUCCGAGACUCAGACUGGUUACUGCGCUCGCAAGCACAAGGUACCUCUGUUAUCUUUGGAAGCACUGCAUCACCUCCACAUCUUCAUUUUUGUCUUGGCUAUCGUGCAUGUCACCUUUUCCCUACUCACCGUUGUCUUUGGAGGCGCCAGAAUACGUCAGUGGAAACACUGGGAAGAUUCAAUCGCAAAACAGAAUUACGAGACAGCCCGAGUUCUGAAACCGAAGGUGACUAAUGUUCAACAGCAUGAUUUUAUCAGGGGUCGUUUUGCUGGUUUCGGCAAAGACUCUGCCAUCGUUGGUUGGUUGGUAUCCUUUUCAAAACAAUUUUAUGGGUCUGUGACAAAAUCAGAUUAUGUGACAUUACGGCAUGGUUUCAUCAUGACCCACUGCAAGUCGAACCCAAAGUUUAAUUUUCACAAGUACAUGAUCCGUGCCCUCGAAGAUGAUUUCAAGCAAGUUGUUGGUAUAAGUUGGUAUCUGUGGCUCUUUGUGGUUAUCUUCUUGUUGCUUAAUAUCAAUGGUUGGCAUACAUAUUUCUGGAUUGCUUUUAUUCCCGUCAUCCUUUUACUAGCUGUGGGCACUAAGCUGGAGCAUGUAAUAACCCAACUAGCUCAUGAAGUAGCUGAAAAGCAUGCAGCCAUAGAAGGUGACUUAGUUGUGCAGCCAUCAGAUGAACACUUUUGGUUUCAUCGGCCCCGAGUCGUCCUCUUCUUGAUUCACUUUAUCCUUUUUCAAAAUGCUUUUGAAAUAGCAUUUUUUUUCUGGAUAUGGGUUACAUAUGGAUUUGACUCCUGUAUAAUGGGACAAGUUCGUUACAUUGUUCCAAGGCUCGUUAUUGGGGUAUUUAUUCAGGUACUAUGUAGCUACAGCACCUUGCCACUCUAUGCAAUUGUUACGCAGAUGGGAACUCACUACAAGAGGGCAAUAUUCAAUGAGCAUUUGCAACAAAACAUUGUUGGUUGGGCACAAAAGGCAAAGAGGAGGAAAGGACUAAAAGCUGAGACUGAGAGCCAUUCUGGCCAAGGAAGUGCUCAUGAGAGUUCUGGUGCUGGUGCUGGUGCUGGUUCUGCUACAGGAAUCCAGCUUGGGUCAAUUUUCAAGAAGGCAUCUGCGCCAGGAGACAGUACCUCUGUCCCCAAAGCCGAUGGUAACUGAGUGUGGCCAUCUAAGCGAAGAUUUACAGUCUUAUUUUGUAAAGUUGCACACAAAUUGCAAUUUUCUUUAUAUUAUUUUAUUUGCUAACAUAGUGUAGCAUUGUGGGACAUGUCUUUGACUUGGUGUACCUGUAGUUCUUUGAGUAGAUGUUGGUAAAUAGUAAUGCUAUUGUAAUUGUCAUUUCUAAGA